AUGUCGGUCAGGCUGGUUGUUCAAGGCCAAGUGGAGCCGCUCCCUCAAUCCCGCACGACAAAACUCCUUGAUGCUGCAGGAGGCAUCACCGAUCUCCUUCUUGUGGUGUCUCGGUUCUACGUGGGGGAGCCAUCGGGUCCUCUGGCCGACGACUGCAGCGAAACACAGUUCUUGCACUAUCCGGUCUCUGCGUAUCUGGCAGAUCCACAACCCUCGCCGGAGGAGGACAUUGAGAUGGAACUUUGCGACGGGCACCGGCUUCAAUAUGAUCGGGGGUUACUGGCCCAAGCUCCGAGGAAAUCUUAUCGAGGAGUGAUGUUCUGCCAGACGUCAGAUGGCGGCGAUGGAUUUUCGCCUGCGAUUGCAGGUCGCGUGCUGGUGCGUGCAGUACUGCAUCAUCACGGACAUGCCUGCGGGAUUGGCGCAGGAACCUCCGACUUGGAUCUCACACGGGAUCCAGAAUAUGACAAACACUUCGUUGGCCUCUACCACGGAGGUGUUUCCCGGAAUGUCGCUGCCUUCGGACAGAGGACUCACCAGGAACGCAAUGGCUGGUAUGGCGAAAAUCGGCUGGCGGUCCUCUUCGAUAUGGAGAAGGGUAUCAUGCAGUGCUACGAGGGGCUGCAGCCCUUUGGCCAGGAGGUGAAGAUCGGAUCGGAUGGCGAGUUUUGGCCUGCCGUGGUCUUGUGCAAGAUCGAGGACUCUGCGUCUGUUGCCGUGAGCUACAUGUGA